AUGGAGUUGGAUAAGGUUUUUCCGAAGCUUAUUGCCCUUGAUGAUAAACAAGGCAGCAUUUUCUUGGUUAAUGUGGACUAUACGUGGAUUCCAUCAACUUGUGAAAGAUGUGGAAACUUAGGCCAUAAAGCGAAGAGAUGUCUUCUCCCUUCUAAGCCUCAACAUGAUCCAAACUUGCAGCAAAAAGAAAAGGAUAAAAUUAAUGAUGAGGUUCCUGUUGUGGAUAUUGAUCUCAUCUUACAGCAAAGAGAAAAGGAUACUUCCUCUUCAGCAGAUAUCUAUCUAAACAACCCAUUGAUUAAUGGUGCUUCCCUGACUGCUGUUUCAGCACAUGAUAUUCCUCUACUUCAUCAAAUGAAAGAGCUCAAUGUCCCUUCUGUAGUUUCAGCCGCUGAAAUAAGCCAAUCCUUGCAAUCUGAUUUGGAGGUAGCUCCUCCUCUCUUUACGGUUUCUUCUGAUGUUUCUGUGGAUUGCCAAAGUACAUCAAACAACACUUUAUCUCCAUUAGUAGAUUCUCAAUCUACUCCCAUUACCGCAGCCAUUAUGGAUUCAGUUCCAUCAAACAUUAUCAACAAGGAAGUCCAAACACCAUCCAUUGUUGAUAUUUUAACCACAUCACUUCAAGUUAGUGAAUUUGAGAGUCCUUCUCGUUUCACUGUGCUAGAAGAAGUGGAUGAAGUUGAAUCAGAGCAUAUGAGCUCCCUCAGCUUGACAAGGGGUGGGAGAGAGACAAAACCUCCUAUCAAAUUUCAAGACUUGGAAUGGAAGACAAUGCAAGGGAAAGGUAAACGUGGCCGAUGUGGUCGUGGAUCUUCUCAUUAG